AUGGCUUGGUUCCGUCCUCCUCCGCCAGGCACACAACUCAGACCGUGGGUUCCAGACCUCAUCUUCAUCCCGAUUUCACGAGCCAUCGAACGGUUUGGAGUGUUUUUCUACAAUAGGGUCCUCAAUAAAACCGAAAUCGGUCUGUUCGACAAAAGAUGGAACAAGAACAUCCACGGUCCUUACUGCCAUCAUCGGUAUUACGGAAAAUUGGACACCAAGCUCUUCGACGUAAAGCUUGCCGAUCUCCCAGCAUGGUUUGCUCGGCGUGAAAAGACACCAGGUGCUAUGUACAACGAGUUUAUGCGGAACAUAUGGAGGGUCCAUCACAAAUACUACUCUGGUCCUGUAUACGCAAAUACCGUGAAAACGAUCUUCCGUUUCAUCUUCGCAUAUUCGUUCCUGAAUUGGCUGGUGAAAUGUCAUCGCUACUGGGCUGGACUGGACAGAAGUGGAAAAUCGACACAAGCUAAGCGAUUAGCCGAGAAAAUCAACUCAUCUGGGGGUCAAGCUGUGCUGUUUCCGUUCCCUGGUAGGUUCUCCGAGCAAUGGGUUACGGUGAUGGGUUCAUUGAUGAAUAAGAAAGCCUACAUUGCAGACAGAGAGGAGCCAUUUGGUCAGGUUAUUGAUCGAUACCUUAGAAAAGAAAUCGAUCUUUGCGUGACGAGCUCUCGCAACUUGGCUUUUUCGGCUAAUCGUUGGGAAAAAGUAAUUUGGUUUGAGCUGUUUUCUUGA